AUGAUAUCUGUGAAAACGGUCCCUUUGAAAAGAACUGGAGAUGCAUCUACGUCAUCAUGUACGUCAAUUCCGUCUUCACCAGUCAAAAAGAUCCGCAUCGAGACGGCUGUGACUCCAGAAACAAAGUCGGUGGUUUUUUUCUUCAACCCACCAGACGAGAAGCUUCUGGCGAAGCUCGUUGACCGUCUCCACGCGUCUGAUUGGACACUGACUGCUGUUUCUGGGUACAUUCCUACCUGUGUUUCACGUGACCGGGUUAGGCUUAUCAAGGAUAAUGGUCAGAUCGCCAGGCGGUAUCGGUUGUUAGAUCCACUUGGAGGUGGUGUCUAUCCUUUGAGCACCAUAAUUGUACAGAGGGGUGAUCACAAAGAUGUAAUGAGUUUACGAUUUGAUCCGGCUUUGCGGUUCAAGACCAACGAUGAAAUUUUAAACGAGGUAAUGAAAGUGAUGAAGUAA